AUGUCUUUUUCCGUUGGAGCUCAAUUCAGAGCUCUAGGCUCGACCGCGCGGCGAGUCGCGAAUGGCCGAGGUCCGAAUUUCGUGCGGAAGUUCCCGAGCACCCAGCGAACAGCUCGGUUCUAUGCCACGUCCUUGGAAACAGACUGGCGCGGUUUCGUGCUCGCUAAUAAUGGCUCUGGGAAAGAGAACCGUACUCGGAUGUCCAAGCUGUGGCUGCGUGACAACUGCCGCUGUGAAAAAUGUGUCAACCAAGACACAAUGCAAAGAAACUUUGACACAUUCGAGAUCCCACAAGAUGUAGAAGCCAAAGAUAUCAAGCAGAGCAGCGAGGGCGUGGAAGUCCUCUGGUCGGACUCGCACAAGAGCUGGUACACUUGGGAUUGGCUUCAGGCGACUGUUCCUGGCAGUGGGAGGUACUCGAAUCUAUCACACGACGCGGGGAAGAAAGUAUGGGACUGCAGCAUUGCAGAAAAUGCCCCAGAGGUCUCCUUUGACGACGUCAUGGGUGGCAGCGGUAGUCGAGGGAUGGCCGACUUGACCUCCAAGAUUUACACAUACGGGCUCUGCUUCGUUGCAGGCACGCCCAAGACACCCGAGGCGACCAACGCCCUCCUCGAGAGCAUCGGACCAGUCCGCCACACCCACUACGGUGGCUUCUAUGACUUUGUCCCCGACCUCGCCAAGGCAGAUACUGCGUACACGAACCUCGCGCUCGCCGCUCAUACCGACACGACAUACUUCACGGAGCCCGCAGGCCUGCAGGCGUUCCACAUGCUCUCGCACACCCCACCACCGAACGGUGUAGGCGCAGAGGGCUCACUGGGCGGCCAGUCGCUUCUUGUCGACGGAUUCCACGCGGCGCGGCUGCUGCGCAAAGAGUCACCCAACGAUUACGACGUGCUGCGCAGCGUCGACAUUCCCUGGCAUGCUAGCGGCAACGAGGGAGUCGCGAUUGCGCCGGACAGGUCUUAUCCGGUUCUUGAGACCCGCGGCGAGACGCUGCAGCGCGUGCGGUGGAACAACGACGACCGGGGCGUGGUCCCGUUGGCAGUUGAUGUGGACGAGUGGUACCGCGCUGCGCGGAAGUGGAACGAGAUUCUGAGAAGGAAGCAGAGCGAGUUCUGGUUCCAGCUCGAGCCAGGCCGUGUGCUGAUCUUUGACAACUGGCGCGUCCUGCACGGCCGCAGUGCAUUUGAGGGACUUAGGCGGAUCUGCGGUGGCUACAUCAACCGCGACGACUUCAUCUCCCGAUGGAAGACGUCCAACUUUCCCAGCCAGGAGGUUAUCGCCUCCAACAUGCAGCUCAAGUAG